CUAUGUUCAGUCGUUUGUGUUUACCGUUGAGGGUAGCUGUUGCUUUCCUAAGAGAAGUUACUAGCAAACUUUUGGAAAACUGAUUGUGCCAUAUUUAAUAUUUCUUGUACUUAUGCAAGUUAAAAAAGUACUUUUUGUAUGUAACAACAGUGGAAAGAAAAUAUUUAAUCAUGGCUUGGAUGAUGAACAGCUCGCAGGUGCACAACACAUUUGCUUCGUUGGGAGCGAAACAUGGGGAUUCUUAUAUAAUUAGUGAAGACUGUAUUAGUAUAUUAAACGAAAUCCUGAGGAAUCUUGUAGUAGAAGACCGAGUUUUGAGAACUUAUCGAAGGACCAUAGGUUUGUGUCAGAAUGUUAAGAACGACUUAAUGCCCCUACUGAUUCACGCACAGACGUGCAAAACGGAAACUGCCACCAAGAUUGUCGAUGCCACAGUUAAAAUUUUGGUGAACUUAACAAUUCCGGUGGAGUGUCUUCUCUCGGUGGAAACGGUUUCUCAGAGCGACGUUGGAAGGCACACAAUCUUCGAUUUGAAUCGUCUUCUGAUAACCAGCAAGGAGGUCUUCACCGACAGCAGAAGUACAAAAGCGGUCGUGGACCACAUAAAGGACACCGUCGAGGAGAACGAACUCGACAUUGGCAAAUGUGACAGCAUUAAUAACUGUCUGCUGUUGUUAAGAAACGUUUUACAUAUACCGGAAAGCAAACUAUCUCUUUCGAAUGAAAUAACGCAAACACAUAUGCAAAAUCAAAUUGUGUGGAAUCUGUUUGCGCAAAGCAUAGGCAAGAUCAUAUUAAACUUACUGUCAUGUCCAGAGAAGGCUUAUUGGAGUACAACGUUGGUACAGUUGUUAGCGUCGCUGUACAAAGAUCAGCACGCUGGAAACCUAAAAAAACUCAUAAACUUGUGGUUCGACGCAUCGCUUAGCGACAGUUCAGAAGAUAAUGAGAGCAACACAUCACCACCCGACCAAGGAAGUUUUUUUUCAUCGCCCAAUAUCAUGUCGGAUCCGACUUCUGAUUCCAGUGAUACAGGUGUUGCUAAUACCAACAACAUUAGUAAUAGUAAUUUAAAAAACAUUAACGAAUGGCGUGAAAAGAAGAGUAAUAGCAAAAGUGAUAGUGAUAAUAGUAGUACAAAUGGAAAAUUAGUGAAAGAUACGGAAAUCGUAUCAAAUGAGGAGAAGAACGACGCUGGGUGUAGCGCAACUUCCUCAGAAUCCAGUUCUAGAUGUAGGAACUUCGAAGAUGGUGGUAGUUCCGGAAAACAUUUUGAAAGGGACACCUCCAUAGAUGUCAGCGAAAUAUCGACGGAUCCGAAAGAAAAUUCUUCAUCGAAUGACAAAGAGUCCGAAUGCGACAGUGAUAACAGGAACAAUAAGCAACUUUAUAAAUCCAUGAAAAUGGACUGCGUUUCGGGCGAAUUGUCGGAUUACGGCUACGGGACUCAACCUGAAAAUCCUGGAGAAUCAAUUUCUACCUCAAGUAAUGAUGAUGAUCAACCCCAUGAGAAACCAGUUCAUCAAAAGCCACCUAAUUUUCAUAAAACCAGAUAUAACAGCACCAAAAAUAAAACUUUGUCUGUUUUGGAGAAAAAGGAGAACAGAAAAAAGAAAUUAGUAAAAAGAGGAAAAAUGAAUAUGAUCAAUUUGAAGGGCUUGAUACGCUAUAGCCCAACAGAUGACGACAUAACAAACAUUCUAAAAGAAUUCACCAUCAGCUUUUUACUAAAAGGUUACGCAGAAUUAGUUUUCGAUUUGCACGCCCAGUUACUAACAAAUUAUCAUAUGCAAAUCGACACUUCGCACUUUUUUUGGCUUGUAACUUUCUUUCUAAAGUUCGCUACUGAAUUGGAACUUGAAUGGGAAAUGCUAAAACCCGUGCUGUCCUUCCAAAUCAUUUCCUAUCUAGUCUUCCAAGGCGUUUGGAUAUAUGAAGAAUUGGAAAUUUUGUACAAAAAUGCUGAGAGCGAAAUACGACCUAGUUUGAGAAGAUUACAUUUGACCGUAACAGCUCUAAAAGAAUUUUUGCAAGCAGUUGAUACUUAUUCGAAGGCAACGUGUUUGACUGAGCGCAACAGGAAAGAAUUGGAAAAGUUGAAAACUCAAAUUGUUGGAAUGGAAGAACUAAAAAGAUUAUUCGUUUUACUUCUCUAUCAAUAUGACAAAAAUACCCAGAGCAAACAAUAUUUACAAGAUUUAAUUGAAACGAAUCACAUGUAUCUUCUGUUUUACGACAAUGUUUGUGGAAAAGAAAAUCACCCCACAGAUAUAAUGGAUCAUUUGAAGAAUUUUUCUUCAUCUGAAAUCAUGCACCAGUAUGGCAUACUUCUUGAAAAUUUUCAAGAAAACGGAGAGUUUGUCAACAAUUGUGUGUUUACAAUGAUGCAUCAUGUAGCAGGAGACUUAGACAAUGUCUCCUCGCUUUUUCAACCCCAUAUUCUUAAAACGUUUUCGUCUAUUUGGGAAACAGAUUUUGACAUUUGUGAUGAGUGGUCGGAUUUGAUUGAAUAUAUGAUAAAUAAAUUCAUUAGUACCUCGAAGGAAAGCGAAAACCCUGAUUUCACUCGGGUGGAGCAUGUAACACCGAUAGUUGUGGAAGAUGAUAUAGAAGAUCUUUCAAUUUUAGCAGUUUCACCAACACCUUCUGUCAAUAAUGAUUGGACCGAAGAAGAAAAGACAAAACUACAAACAUAUUUUGACGAGGAAUGCGAUGGUCAAGAUACAGUGGAAAAUAUUCUGAAAAAAUAUGAAGAAGUUGGUUCGACGAAUAAAACCCAAAAGCAAAUUGUUAAACAGUUAAUCAAACAAAAAAUCAUAAAUGAAGACCAGGUUAAUUCUGUUUUGAAAAAAGAAGACGAAGAACAGAACGAUGAUGUACAAGAGACCGAAGAAAGUACCCAAGAAUCGUCACAAAAUCAAAAAAAUGAUAUUCACAUUUUAAAGGAGUACUUAGCGAAAAAUAACAAGGGUAGAUUUCUCUUAUGGCUUCAAGAAGUUUUAAAUGAAGCGUGUUUUGCAAAAUUGUUAUUAAGUUAUCCAGAGGAAUUUAAGGAUUGCAAACAUGUACCUGAACCUGUAGAAUAUUAUUAUGCUUCAUUAAACUUGCCAAUUCCUAUAGUUCCUUGGUCGGUGGAUCAAACCAAUAUUUUGAAACAUCAACCGUUUAUCCUUCUGCUACAUAAAUUAGGCUUCCUUUUGCCGACCGAAAUAGGGAAAGUUUUUAUAAGAAUUCCACAUUUUUGGACUCCAGAUUACAUACUCAAUAUAGCACAACAAUUGGCUCCCCUUAAUCCAGCCAAAUUAAAGUUUGAUAUAAAUCAAGUUACGUCUAAACCUCAGUACAAGGACGCAACGACUCAACAGAAUUAUACCGUUCAUAAUUCCAAUCACAAUAUGCACAUAGUAAGUUCACCAAUUGAGAUUCCUAAAUUGGAUUGCUUAGUAUCUGAAAAGUUAGAUUCGCCCAUACCGAUGGAUAUUACUACCAAGGAAGAUAGCAUUUGUGAUACAGCAUCCAUUGCUUCGGAUUUAACAAGAAUGUACGUUAGUGAUGAAGAAGAGAAAGUGGAAAACAUUCAGCAGGAUGAUUAAAAAAAUAGUGAGUUCAGCAACUGAUCUAGUAGUACUUGGCUAUUACUUUUUGGAUGUUUUAUUUUUUUAUUGGGACAGUUUAGUGAAUAAUAAGUUAACUCUAUUUACAAAAAACGUUAUAUGAUAUAUACAUUUUUUGACUCUAAAAAGAAGGAAUAAAAAUUGUGUUGCCUAAAACAUUGCAGUUGAGUUGCAUGCGACAACAAUUCUUCCCUUUGUUCAGUAGACAGUUCUUCAACACUAGUACUCCAAAGUUGAUAUACCACUUAUUAUUUUCUAUGUAGAAAAUAAUAUUGCUAAUGUAUUUUUUUUUAUCUAAUGAAUGAAUGACUAUUCAAUUUUGCCUUAUUAAGGGACUAUGAUCGAUAAGAGUAUAAAAAUGACCCUCUACAGUCAGUUUAUUAACUUUUCUAAAAAAAAAAAUAUUAAAUUAUUGUUCUUUAUAAGUACUUAUUUAGAUUUAAAAUAUCUCCAAUUAUUUUGGUGAUCAUUUUUACCAAUUUAUUGUGUAUUUUCUCAAUAUUAUCGAUAUAUUUUAUAUUGGGCAAAAGCAAAUACCUACUUAUUCUUUUUUUUUUUUGGAUUAUAAAUCUAACAAAAACCAUAUUUCAGAAUCCGAGUAGUGCCUUUAUACAGUCAGUAUGAAAUAUAUAGGUAAUGAUGGGAACGUACAAUUACAGAAUUGUAAAAAUAAUUAAUUUUGGCCAGCCACUUUGGUAAUUGUGUUUAACUACUGAAGUGAUUCUAAGGACCAAUUGAAAAUAUAAAUGAAUAAAUUACUUUAGAAAACUUAGCAAACUCAUAACUAUUAUGUGGGGCAUUUUUAUAUUCCUAUAGACUUUAAUCCUUCGUUAUCCACCCAGAAACUGUUAUCGAUCUUCAAACGUUUUUAUAAAACAAAUAAAAUAUGCCGCUGUAGUAUCUUUCAGGAAAAGUACAAAGAUUGUUUUGUUGGGGAGUGAUUUAUCGUGUUUCUAAUAUUUCUGACGAUUCUGUGACGACACAGUUUUUACCGAAUUUUCGAAAGCGUUGCAGUAUUUCAAAGUAUUUAUUAUAUAUAUUAAAGUAAACAAAUCCUACGAAAGUGUACAUAUAAAUAUUUUAGGUGUGUUGCUAAGUUGUGUGCCUAAAAUAAUGUACUUUUUGUAGAAGGUUUAAUUGUCGUUUAUACGUAUUGUUUUUUACUAUGUACUGUUGUAUUUUAAAUAUAUGUUUAAAAAAG